GAACAGCCCAUAAACGGUAGCCCCCAUAGAACUGUGUGGUAGCUGCGCACUGCUAUUUCCGGUGAUAUGGUGAUUACUUCCUUUUUCCUGGAUCAAUAUGGCGGCGCCCAUAACGUUGCACCUGGAGUUCGGAGGAGGGGCGGAGCUUCUCUUUGACGGUGUGAAGGAUCACCAGGUGACACUGCCCAGCCAAUCACAGCCCUGGGACAUGAAGCAGCUGCUGGUGUGGAUCAGGGCAAACAUGCUGAAGGAACGGCCUGAGCUGUUUGUGCAGGGAGACACAGUGCGGCCUGGAAUUCUGGUCUUGAUCAAUGAUGCAGACUGGGAGUUGAUGGGCGAGCUGACCUAUGAGAUUCAGGACCAGGACAGUGUGGUCUUCAUCUCUACACUGCAUGGGGGAUAGAGGAGACUGAGGCCGGGCAGACCUUUGGGUACCCCUGCUGAUUCACACCCAUCAUUUUUUGGCAUCUCUGCUGUCAACUUUAAGAGCUCCUAGUUGGUCUCUCAAGAUCCACCAGUGGUACAAAACCCACCGCUUAAAACAGGAAAAAAGGAAACUGACUUAUUUGAAGAAACAAUGGAUCCUUUAUUUUUGAAUGCACAUGAACACAGGUUACAAGAAGCCAGCUCAUACUCUGACCAACUAAACAAGUCAACCCUUGAGGUUGUUGUGGAGUAGGCUGGACGUCCCUUAGUGGUGGAAAGUUCAGAAGAUUCUUCAGGAAGGCAUCAUGGGUAACCAGAGAUCCUUGAAGAUUCUCCUUUUUCAUUUGGGAGGCUUGGUUUUCAUCAUUAGAUCAUUUGCAUUAUUCUAUUUUUGUUAUGAAUGAAUUUCCCUAAAAUAUUUGUUUUAGUCGAUUAAAUAUAUUUCAAUUAAGCUGACAGAUGUUUUGCUUUUAGUGCUCAGCUCAUGCAUGCAAACUGUCCUUGAAUUCAUGCUAAUGGAUAGAAUAGCAAAAAUAUAUGUCCAAUCAUGACAUUAGGCCUAAUUAAAAUUUUGAGGGCAGACGUUUGUCUACAUCUCUACAUUGAUUCACUUUCCUGCUAUGUUGAAUUAUUGAUAGGAAACCAGUUCAUAAAGUACCAUUACAUGGAACAACCUUUUUCACAUGUGUCAAGUUAAAAAGAGGCUGGUUCUAAUUCUAUUUAUUUUAUACUAAGGCAUGACCUGUUCAAGUGUUUUUUUUGUGUGCUGUUAUCUGUUUCCUAUGUGCCUUGUACUGUUAGUUUGCUUUGAGUGUAGCCAGCUUUAAAGACUGUUUCCUUCUUAUAAUGGUCCCGCUAGAAUAUUUAAACAACCUACAAGAACACGACAGGAGGUCGCAGUUCCGCCUCAGGCGCUGCCCUCAGUCAAGCGCGCAACGACGGUAGCGACCUUUUUCCUGGUGUGCUCGAUUUUGCGUCAGGAAACGAUUUGAUAAUAGUCAUAAUGUGAAUGCAAAUCAGAGUGUAAGGGGUGGAAAUAUGGUGCCUGUAAUUGAACUGCAAGUUGAGUGUCGUGUAUGGGGAGAAGGGGAUGCAUUCGAAAGACUGAAAAGAGCACAUAUUUCCCCAGUGGCUUGACCUGUCGGGAGGGCAAGAGUCAAUAUUGUCGGAAAAUGUGUAGGCAAAUGGACGAAAAUCCAAAUUCCCAGUUUUUGGACUCGCCUAGUAGAACUGUAGUCUAUAGGCCUACAUUGCUGUCGCCUGACCAUGGUUAUAUUUGCCACGUAUUUCAUGAAUAGUAACAUGAUACAGGGGCACGUAUGCACUGAAUAUGUUCGUUCUAUGUUUUGCUUAGGUGAACACAGCUGUUAUAGUGCGAUUCGAUUUGCCAUAAACAAAGCUUGACCAAGAUGA